AUGCCAUUUCGACAACGCAUGGCCCGCCAUUUUGGCGAUUCGCUCUCUCCUGAAAAAUCCUACUUGAGUUACUACGACGUAUUGUUAACCGUUGAAGACAUCAAGUCGCUUAAAAAUGACUGGCUCACGGAUAACAAUAUUGCCUUCUGGGAAGAGUACCUCGAGCGGGAGACCUUACCUCGUUACCCUCAAGCCAGAAUUGUGCUGCUACGUCCGAGUAUGAGUUUCCUUCUGAUGAAGGAGCCUGAUAUUCGUCAUGUACGCUCUGCGCUGCCGGACUUCUCCAAAGUUACCCACGUUUUCCUUCCCAUCAACGACAAUCGCAACGUGAGUGUUGCCGAAGGUGGCAGCCAUUGGUCUCUGCUGCUGGUGUCACUGUUGGAUGGCAUUGCAUUUCACUACGACUCACUCGGUGGAGCAAACUUCGCGGAAGCGAACUUGGCUACACGACGGAUGGGCGAGGUUGUUGGAAGACAAAUGCGUUUUAUCAACCUUGAGGACUCGCCGCAACAGGAGAAUGGCAGCGAUUGCGGCGUUUUCGUCUGUCUCUUGAUGCGCCACUUGCUGGUCAAGCGCCUGCUAAGUGCCAAUGCUCGAGAAAAGGUCUCAAUGAGCAUGGCGGGCAAAAUGGUCGAUAGUAACGGCGGCCGGAAAGAAAUGUUGCGCAUCAUUGAGAAUCUUCGCAAGGAAGGAGAACGUAGACGAUCGCGGAGCGCAAGCCCAUUUACUAACAAGACGCCUCCGCGGAUUGAAUAG